AUGAAGCGCAAUUUUGGUUCGCUUAAUCUUGCAGCGCUGGGUGCAAACAGUGCCGAAUGCAAUUUGGCUGAUCGAUUUUCGGCCAUGGACCCUAGUGCAGAGAGUUUCAGUAUGGUCACUAGCGGUUCAGAUUGCAGUAGCGACGAAAAUGUGGGUUUAUCUUUGGAGCGUCUGGAUCAGCCGCGCAACAACUUUCAUUCGGCACGGCGCAUCGAAGACUUGGAUUUAAGCGAUGCAAUACCUGAAAUUACACUCAACUCUCCCGAUCGAUCAUUUACCCAGCCAAUCAGUCAGCCUUCUGUUUCUCAGAAGACUCAUUUGAAGCAUUCAUCAGUGAAAGAUUCCCCGCAGCACCUGCACGACGUAGAGUUGAACGCGAUGAGAUGUAUAAGUCUCAAAAUGAUGCUGUCUAAUCUCUCCAGCCCAACCAGCAGUGACAACCUUCCAGUAUCGCCCACAAAUCCAAGCUACUCAUAUUCUGGCGUGAACGAGCACACCAAGACGGCGCUAUUGCCGGCUCGCCAUCCUUCAUUACAAAGCGUCUAA